AUGGUUGUAUGCCUGCACCACUGCGAUUCUGUACCUUCUGUUUCCAGGUAUCCACCACAUCCCUUCGUACAACUCAAGGUAUGUGAUAACUCAUCAAUAGAGUUUUUACAGCAAAUGCCGACAGCCGACUAUCACACGCUGCCCAAAUAUCUAGUGACUUUCAACUGGUGA